CUCAGACAGGCACGCCAUUUUUGUGGAUAGUGACAGUGAUGAAAGUUCCAAUUCUUCUGACCAUCACGACCUUCAAAAUCCGCCGCAUUCAAGGCCCGAUCAUGAAAAUGCAAAGUUAAUGCAAAUAGGCAUUCAAACUGCUUUAGCAAUCUCUAUUCAUAAAUUUCCAGGUAUUUGGAUUAUCAUUCAUGGUUGGGUCAAUAGUCUAAUAAAAUCUUGUCCAAUUUGA